AUGAAUAUUGAACCAUCGACUAGUUCUGGAAGCUCAUGGAAGUACAUUGGAAUCACUGCUGCCACUGGUGCAGCUGUGGGUGUUUUUCUGCACUUUGCCAGAAAGGAUGAUAGAACUAUUGUCGAAAUCGAGCGCCUUCAAAUGAUGGUUGAUGUUCUAGGAGUAAUACAAAUCUUUGUGAAUAGGAAAAAAGUUUCAGAAGCGGCGAGAGCUCAACCCAUCACCUACAAACGAGAGAUGGCAAGAACCAGAAGUUGGACUUCGAUUACUUCAGAUUCAGAAUAUGGAGAUGCUGAGGAAGAUUGGUAUACCGACGAUCGUUCCUACGGAGACUCCAAACCGGUCAACGGUCUCUCGACCGCCAAUCAAUCAUCAACAAUGUCGUUCGACGAACUUGACGCUCUUUUUGGAACCGACCGUGUUCAAGAGGGUUAUGAUGCUCUGAAGAAGCGCUACGACGCCGGAGAGAACUCCAUUGAUGUGCUCUGGCGCUUGGCCAAGUUCUGCAACGAGAUUGGAAAUCGUGUUGAGAAGAACAAGAGAAAGGAUAUCAUCAUCGAGGGAAAGAAGUACGCUAUCGAAGCAUGGAACACCGAUUCGAACAACUUCUUGGCUGCUCGAUGGGCUGCUUUGAUGUCCGGAAAGGUCACCGAGUACCUCGGAACAAAGGAAAAGAUUGAGGAAGGAAAGCAUUGCAAGGAAUAUCUCGACCGCGCCAUUUCCAUUCAACCAAGGGAAGACGCUCUUCUCCACCUCCGUGGACGUUGGGCCCUUUCCGUCGCCAACCUCUCCUGGUUCGAGCGCAAGGCUGCUGCUCUCCUCUACUCCGAGCCACCAACUGCUACUGUCGACGAAGCCAUCGCUGACUUCCAGGCUGCUCAUGCCAUCAACCCAGACUGGAUUGAGAACACCGUCUACCUUGGAAAGGCUCUCUAUGAAAAGGGAGACAAGUCUGCUGCCAAGCCAUAUUUCGACCAGGCUUUGAAACUGACCGCCACCAAUGACAACGAGAAGGAACUUCUCGCUGAAGCCAAGACUCUCUGCUCCAAAUGCUAA